AUGAAAAUUAAGAUUUUCAAAAACAAUUAUUAAUCAAAAAUUACUUAAAUAUCUACAAAUAUUAAUAAUAAUAAUAAUACAAAUUAAUCUAAUAAUACUAUUUAACCUCAACCUUCUUAAAAUAAUAUUCCUAAUACUACUAUUCCGCCAUCUAUCGAAAUACCUCCACCUCCAUCUAUGGGAGUACCUCCACCACCAUCUAUAGUAGUACCUCCUCCACCAUCUAUGGGAGUACCUCCUCCACCAUCUAUGGGAAUACCUCUACCACCCUCUAUGGGAGUACCUCCACCACCAUCUAUUGGAGUACCUCCUCCACCAUCUAUGGGUGUACCUCCUCCACCAUCUAUGGGAAUACCUCCACCACCCUCUAUGGGAGUACCUCCUCCACCAUCUAUGGGAGUACCUCCUCCACCAUCUAUGGGAAUAUCUGCACCACCAUCUAUUGGAAUACCUCCACCACCAUCUAUGGGAACACCUCCACCACCAUCUAUUGGAAUACCUCUACCACCCUCUAUGGGAGUACCUCCACCACCAUCUAUUGGAGUACCUCCUCCACCAUCUAUGGGUGUACCUCCUCCACCAUCUAUGGGAAUACCUCCACCACCCUCUAUGGGAGUACCUCCUCUACCAUCUAUGGGAAUAUCUGCACCACCAUCUAUUGGAAUACCUCCACCACCAUCUAUGGGAAUACCUCCUCCUCCCAAUUCAAUACCCCCUCUUCAAAAUAAUAUACCUCCACCACCUGGAUGUAUACCCCCACCUCCUUUUGGAAUACCAUCUGCUCCUGGAUCUAUACCAACUCCACCUGGAGGUAUACCCCCACCUCCUUUUGGAAUACCAUCUGCACCUGGAUGUAUACCAACUCCACCUGGAGGUAUACCCCCACCUCCUGGAGGUAUACCCCCACCUCCUGUUGGAAUACCCCAUAUUCCUAAUGGCUUAUUACCACCUCCACCAGGAGGAUUACCUCCACCUCCACCAGGAAGAUUACCACCACCUCCAGGAGGAUUACCUCCACCUCCAGGAGGACUACCACCACCUCCAGGAGGACUACCACCACCUCCAGGAGGAUUACCAUCUUUUCCAGGUGGAAUACCCGGAUUACCAGGAUCAAUUCCAUAAAUGGGUGGUGUUGUAGCAAAAAAGAAGAGAAACCCUCCUGUAUAAAUGAAGAACUUAUUAUGGAACUAAGUACAAGCUAAUAACAUUAAAAAUACCAUAUGGGAAAUUGUUGAUGAUGAACAAGUAAAACUAGACGAAUAAUUUUUGAAUGAAUAAUUCGAGAAACCUGCUCUAAUUACAUAAUCUUAAAUAAAAUAAGCAAAUACUAAAGCAGGAGGAUCUGCCGCUGCUGUAUAAAUAAUAAAAAAAAUAAGUUUAAUUUAGCCAGAUAGAACUAAAGUUUUAGAAAUAAUAUUAUAAAAAUUAAGAAUGUCUCCGCCAAUUAUGGCUAAUGCUAUUCUAACAGUAGACGAAAAAAUAUUAACAUUAAGUACUUUAUAAUCAUUAAAUAACAUAGCACCAAAUAAAGAAGAAUGUGACUAAGUUUCUAUCUAUAUAGAAGGAGGUGGGUAAAUAGAUUAAUUGGCAACCCCAGAAAGAUUUAUAUUGGAAAUUAAAGAAGUAAAAGGAUAUCAUGAUAGAAUAAAAGGGCUUUUAUUUGCGAAGACAUAUGAAGAAAUGUUCACCGAUUUAGAACCGAAAGUAAAAAAAAUGAGUGAUGGGAUUAAUUUCUUGAAAAAAAGUGAGAAAAUAAAAGAAAUGUUAUAAUAUGUACUUGCUAUAGGAAAUUAUUUAAACGGAUAAUCUAUUAGAGGAGGCACUUAUGGGUUUAAAUUAGAUACUUUGUUAAAAUUAAGUGAAAUUAAAAUGAAAGAUAAUAGAACUACACUUAUGAUGUAUGUUGUGGAAAUUAUAGAAAAAAAAUUCGGGUUGAUUAUUACUGAAUAGGAAGAGGAAAAUUUAUAAUGUUUGGAGUCUAUUCCGAUAUCUAUACUGGUAACCGAUCUUAAUGAAAUUAAAAAAUAAUUCAGAAGUAUGUAAAAAGCUAUUGCUUCAUAAACGGAAUUACCUUAAGAUAUUAUUAGUGAAAAAUUAAAAGGAUUAGUUUCAGAAAUCGAAUAGAGAAUUAAUUUAAAUGAUAAUAAAAUUAAGGAAAUAGAUAGUCUUUAUAAAGAAACUGCGGUUUUUUAUUGUGAAAAAGUUAGUGAACCAUCUGAAAAAUUCGCGGAGAAAUUCGGGAGUUUCUUUAGAAAAGCAAAAAGAGAAAAAAUAGAAAAAGUUAAGAUUGAUGAAAUGAAAAAAAAAGAAUUGCUGAAAUUACAAAAAGAUAAUAAAAAUUUAAAUAAUAAUGCUCAAAAUAGUAAAUGA